AUGACACCCCAUUGGUCCCAAACCCUGGAGGCUGGUCAUGCAGCCGACGACAAGCCUCGCCAUGAUUCGCCAGAGACGCGAAAGGUACGCGUCUGUGCCUGGGGAGGUGGACGGGAGCUACGGGAGCGCGUCUAUCGUCGACGACCAGUCGUUUCGUGUGUGUGA